CUCGACAUUUUGAGUUUCUGGUAAACAAAUCGUGACGUCAUCGCCGGCCAUCGUAACUUGCCUUCCUGUCAUGGCUCCGGCGAUAUUAAUGAGAAUUUCUGCCCUGGCCUUGCUUCUGCUGGCCUGGGGAGGAGCACACGCAUUCCAGGAGGAUGAUUUUCUGGAUGGUCAGCUGACAUUAGUGGUGGAAGAUGCACUGGAUGGUGGCCCAGAACCAGUCUUCUCCCCGCGGUCCACCAUACAAGUCCGCUCAGUGAAGUCUGGCAGUGCGGUGAUUAGCCACACCCGCCCCUGGACCUCACAGCUGGACACCAAACUUAAGAGUCUGGUGGACACGGACGACUUAUAUCGCAUCCGAGUGUACCAGAAAGGCUCAGAGGACAGGCGCUAUGUGUCCACCUUCACCAGAGCCUGCCAGAUAUAUGAGAGUAGCCUGACGGAAACCCUUAGUCUGGUGGUGGACAGCGGAGGCAUCUCAGUGGUUGGCGUUGGCAUCUUCCCCCCUGUGGCUGUGUGUGGUGGAGAGGCGCCGCCAACACCACCUGCACACCACAACACCACUGUCAUCAUUCGCUCUCCCAUUCCAGCACCUGUACCUGACACAGCCACUUACAUUGAGAAGCUGGAGGCCAUGAAGAACGAGAAGGCAGAGGGGAAAGACAACCGAUCCUUCCUGGCUAAAUACUGGAUCUACAUUGUUCCUGUGGUGCUGAUCAUGGUGCUGUUUGGAGGCGGCCAGGAGGGUGGCGGCCGCUGAGUGCUGAGUGGAGGCAGACUCAACAGAUUUAGAAGUUGUUUUGAUUGGUGUGCUCAAAAUUCUUGUCGUUUUCUUGAGAAUUUAUUAUUUUUUCAGUUCCCUUGUAUGAUGAAAGUUAUAUAUGUUAAGUGUACAAAUGUGUGAAACUUAAGUGGUAAGGGGUUUUGAGUGCACCAAUCAAUGAGAGAGAGAGAGAGAGAGAGAGAGAGAGAGAGAGAGAGAGAGAGAGAGAGAGAGAGAGAGAGAGAGAGAGAGAGAGAGAGAGAGAGAGAGAGAGAGAGAGAGAUCCUUUAUUUA